GAUCCGUAAGCAUCAUUUUUCGCGUACAGUAUAUAUAAUUUGUUAUUUGGUUUUGCGAAGACGGUACGGUGUUCGCGUGUUUCUAUUGCUUAAUUUUUGAUUUUUAUACACACAGUUGUUUUUUUGUUUGUUACGGUCUGUUUACAUUUCAAAAAAAAAACAGAGACAAUUGUGAAAUGAGUUUUCAUUUUCUAUUUGAGUUGGGGUUUCUUUCUUCAAUUUUCGGUAAAUUGUUCGAAUUAACGAAAAACUGAUACGUAUAUACAAAGCAAACAUAUCUUCACAGUUUACGAGAGAAAUAAUUGAAAGACGCAGAUUUUAGCUGAAGUUUUUUUUCUCGGUUAUUUGUUUACACAAAAAGAAGAAAUACGCGAGACGGGCUUUUUGGAUUAUAAUAAAAUUGAUGAGUUUACCAAUUAGAGCAAUUUCAUGCACCGGGCAAAUGCUAGAAAUGUUUGUAAUAAAAUCACGAAUAAACUGAGUGAAUUCAACGAGCAUUUUGUUUUAUAUCAUUUUCGCUGUAUCGAGUGAACGAAACGAAAAAUAUAAACACACACAUACACACACAUCAAGUGUGCUUAGUUAAUAUUUGGGGUUCGGCAACGAAAACAUUUCUUCAAUUAAAGUGCAUCAGGAUUAUUCGAUCAAUUACGCUUCAUCGAAAUACCCAAGCAUUUUACUGAUAAACGCAAUAAAAACACCGAUGGGCACUUACCAAAGCAAUGGCAGCACAGUCUAUGAAUCAAAUACAACAUUUAAUAAAACCUCAGCAAAUUUAUCGCCAGAACAGGUGACGACAUAUCUUUUGGAAAAUCCCGACUUUCUUGAGCGACACAUAAUGAAAGAAAUUGAAUUGGAGCAAUUGGAGAGAUGGAUGAUUAGGCGAACACAACAAGCAAAGAAAGCUGCACAAUCAACUUUGGGUAAAAAUGGACGAAAAACAUCAUUGUCACGAUGCAUUUACAGAUGGAAAUUUUGCGUUCAUGCCGAUAAACGUCAGAUGCUUUUGGACUUAACCACAUCGCUGCAACUACAUCCAACAAAGGCUCAUGUAUUGUGGGAACUGUCAAAUUGUAUAGCAUCUUCGGUUGGUGCUGACAGUUUUCGUCUAUAUUUAGCCGAAAAUGGAAAUCACGACUCUCUAUACUUGUAUAUCGGACAUGAUUUAACGGAUAAUAAUGGAGAGCCAAAAAUGCAAAAAAUUAAUUGCGACAGAAAUACGAUACCACCUUAUGUUGCUCGCACACGGGAUACCGUACGAGUUUCCAAAAACGACCAAGAUGCACGCUUUCGAGAUAGCUUCGUUGAUGCGGGAGACGUUGCUCAUAUUAUGUGUCAACCAAUCAGUCAACCUGACGGAGCUUUAGUUGCAGUUCUCGAAAUCUUACGUCGUGAGGACGAAGAUGCAUUCCAUGAAGAGGAUGAAGAAAUUGCGUACAGUUAUUUGGUGUGGGGUGGUAUCGCCUUGCAUUAUGCUCAUCUUUUUCUAAAUAUGAAUAAACAGCGAAAACUGAACGAUUUUCUACUGGCUGUUGUCAAAUCCAUUUUCCAGGAUAUGGUUUCCAUGGAUGUGUUGGUAAUAAAAAUAAUGAACUUUGCACAGCGUUUGGUUGAUGCCGACCGUGCAUCAUUGUUUUUAGUCGAUUCAAAAAGCAAGGAAUUGUAUGCGACCAUUUUUGACGUUGGCGUCGAUGGUUCGAAUGCCCAAGAAAACUGUGAUCCAAACGAUGAGAACACUAUACAGCCACCAUCGAGAGAGAUUCGUUUUCCCAUGGGUACGGGUAUUGCAGGACACGUAGCGGCCAGUGGCGAAACACUAAAUAUCAAAGAUGCAUAUUCAGAUCCGCGCUUCAAUCGGUCUAUCGACAUAAUAACCGGCUACAAAACGGAGACGAUUCUUUGUAUGCCGAUUUACAUUCGGGGCUCGAUCAUUGGUGUUGUACAAAUGGUGAACAAACGAUGUGGAAGCUUUGUGACCGAAGAUCAAGAGGCAUUUGAAAUGUUUGCGGUCUAUUGUGGUUUAGCGCUACAUCAUGCAAAAUUAUAUGAUAAAAUUCGACGGUCGGCCCAAAAGUAUCGUGUUGCAUUAGAGGUGCUCUCAUAUCAUAAUACGGCUUCCGAUGAAGAAGUGAAAGAAUGCCUGGAGAGUGGAAUACCGGAAACAAUCGUUGAUAUCGAUAACUAUCAUUUCAAUCCAUUCGCAUUUGAUGAUUUUGUAAAGGCCAAGUAUACGAUCUUUAUGUUCACAGAUCUGUUUGGUUUGCAUAGAUUUGAUCAGAUGUCGCUUUGUCGAUUCACAUUAACAAUUAAAAAAAAUUAUCGCCGUGUUCCGUAUCAUAAUUGGACGCAUGGCUUUUCGGUGGCAAAUACAAUGUACACAGUGAUUAAGCGAAGCGAGGGCGCAUUUAGACCAAUUGAACGACUGGCAUUAUUCAUUGGUUCCUUGUGUCAUGACUUGGACCACCGUGGUAAAAAUAAUAAGUUCAUGUUAGAUACAGAAUCACCAUUGGCUGCAAUAUACAGCACGUCAACCAUGGAACAUCAUCACUUUAACCAAACAGUUACAAUUUUGCAACAGGAGGGACACAACAUUUUCGCAAAGUUAAAUAGCAAUGAAUAUAAACAAGUUCUUGGCCUUAUAAAACAUUGCAUUUUAGCAACCGAUUUGGCAUUAUUCUUUCCAAACAAAGCAAAGCUUUCAAUUUUAAUGGAAGAGGAGAAAUUUUCAUGGAGCAUUUUGGAGCAUCGCAUGUUAAUGCAAGCAAUAUCAAUGACGGCUAGUGACUUAUCUGCAUCGACGAAACCAUGGGACAUUCAGGUGCAAACGGUCAGAGUGAUUUUUGAAGAAUUUUAUCAACAAGGUGAUGCGGAACGAGAACGAGGUCGUAUACCAAUUUCCAUGAUGGAUCGAAAUCAACCAGAUCAACAAGCCGCAUCACAAGUUGGUUUCCUUACUGGCAUUUGCAUACCAUGCUACACAUUACUAUAUCGGUUAAUACCAGAAACAAAACCACUGCUCGACAUGUGCCAGAGAAAUCUGAACAAAUGGAAAUCUAUUGCGGAAGAGGUGGUGGCCAAAAAAGGCGGAAAUAAUUCUAGUUAGGUGGUAAACAUUUAAGGUUUAUAUUUCUAUAUAUUUUACACUCGCAUACACUCCCGGGCACGGAGUUUUCAUUACGGAAAUUAAAAAUAUCAAUUACAAUUAUUUAUCUAUUUGUAACAAACAAACAAACAAAAUAAACAUCAACUUUUUGAACCAGAACCAUGAUGGUGAAUGUUAAUUUGAAACCACAAUUGAUUUGGAGCUAGAACAUUUCCACAAACUGCGCAGUAUUUCCAAUUAUUGUACGCACCACAGUGAAAUAAAUGAUUCAAAGAAAUGAAAAGUCUUUACUCCUUAUGGGACAAAUGCAAUAUUAAAUGAUACGAGCAUGAGAUUGAAAAAAAAAAUCAUUAAUCGAAAGAGUUCAAUAUGUGGUGCACUAUGCAUAUGUAUAAAUGUUUUUUUCCUCGUCACACUCAGCGUCUGCUAAGUUGUAAUACUAAUGUAAACUGAAUAAAAUAUCAGAAAAUAUGAAUGGAGAUUAAUUAUAACAUUCGGAUAUCAUCAACAUACUUUUGUUUGAGCUAAUUGCAACUAAUCCUAGUUGAAGAGAAAAGGAUCAUUGUACUGCAUUGGUGGCUCAUUCAAUAAUUUCCAUUGAAAUAAAUUAAAAUAAAUUACAAAAUAACAGUAACACCGAUGCAUCGACCAAAAAAGUAACAAUAUUAUAAUAAAAACAUUUUUGCAUAAUUUUAUAAAUAUAAAUAGUUAAUAAAUUAAUCAUUUCAUA